UCCCGGUUCCACAGUACCUCUGCCCCACACCCAAACUCAGCCAGCUAGGAUAGGUGGAUGGUGCGAAUAGAGGGAGAAGGCGGGUGGCAAGCUGGAGGGGGGAGUCUCCGCCGGGUGACCUCGAGGCUGGCUGGGUGCGGGGCACCGCAGAAUCCAGGGCUGAACUCUUGGCACCAUGAACCCAGCCAUUGGAAUCGCUCUCCUGCUUUCAGUCUUGCAGAUGUCCCGAGGGCAGAGGGUAACCAGCCUGACAGCCUGCCUGGUGAACCAAAACCUUCGCCUGGACUGCCGUCAUGAAAACACCACCAACGUGCCCUUCCAGCAUGAAUUCAGCCUGACCCGAGAAAAGAAGAAGCAUGUGCUGUCAGGCACCCUUGGGGUUCCCGAGCACGCUUACCGCUCCCGGGUCCAAGUGUCCAACCAGCCCAACAUCAAGGUCCUCACCUUAGCCAACUUCACCCACAAGGAUGAGGGCAUCUACAGGUGUGAGCUGCAAGCCCCUACCCAGCCUCCCACGACCUCCUUUCGAAAUGUCUCUGUGCUCAGAGACAAGCUGGUGAGGUGUGGCGGCAUAAGCCUGUUGCUUCAGAACACCUCGUGGCUGCUGCUGCUCCUGCUUUCGCUCCCCCUCCUCCGAGCGGUGGAUUUCUGUUCUCUGUGACUGGGUGGGCCCAGGAAGAAACAGGAAACCUCCAGGCCCA